UGUCUUCGCCGCGAAAUAUCAACAGCUCAACUCUGAAGCGGUAGAAAUGUCGUUGAAAAUGUGUUUAAAUAAUAGUGUGUACAGGACUGAAGCGUGACAGCUGAGUAUAUAGAACGUUUGGUGUCAUGCAGCGCAGUAAAGUGGCUGUGAGUGUGGAAGUGAAGCAGGUGAUCGGAACGCUAUGCAGACUGUUGGCGGCCACCGGCCUGGAGUCUGUGCCCGCACCGGAGAACUUCAGACGGGCUAAAUUCGGCGGUGGACCCGAGGUGGAGGAUCAGUUUUGGCAGCUCCUUGCCAACAUCCUUAAGGUAUCUGGCAUUGUUUCCUGUGAGGCUAGUACACAGCUAGGAGGAGCCACAGAGUGCAGGAAGCUGGUGGCUGCCGGCCUCUGGCAGACUGGCUACCAUGCUGACUGGAUGUAUGGGAAGGAGGAAGGAGAAGGAGGGGAGGGAGGGAGAUUCUUAAGCAGAGACCUCCUUCUGGCACUGGGCUGGCUGCUCGCUACAGGACAACUGGAGAAACUGUUGUCUAAGAGAGUACAGAAACUGGACAAAAAACUCCUCUCACCUACACCUGUGAACCUUCAGCUUUCUAGUGAGCUCCAGUUAGACCCAGCAUGUCUGAGGAAACUUCAGUGGCUUGUUGGUUGUCAGAGACACCAGGGGCGGACCUUGCUGUCCAUGCAAGAAGAGCGAACUCGCCUACUCCACGCUGUUUUCUCUGCCAGCCUUCCCUCCUCUGUAUCUUCCCCCUCCUCUGGUCAAAGCUCCACAGUGCUAAGGAAGGACUGUGUUUGUAUGCGGCAGCUGUGUGACCUUCUAGAAGCUUAUCUGAGCUGGAAACAGGUGGAAAAAGUCUUCUGGACCUGGAUGGACAGUGUGAUGGAUUGCCAUCUGACAGAUCCUGGUGUCAAGAAGCCUACACAUGCACCCAAGGGGAGCGUAAGAGUGUGUCACCAUGGAAACCAGGGGCUCGAGAAAUUGGAGGAGAUGCUGUUAAGACUGCCUACAGGCCAGAAAGGACAAAGGAGAGGCAGACAGGAUGCUGAGGACAGAGGAGAAGACAGGUUGCAGGGUGGAUGGGACACCUCCUGCCUCCCUCCUCUUCCCUCCUCUCUCCCCUGCCUACCCUCCUGCCCCGAUGUCUACCGAGCCAGGCUCCAGACUGAGAGGCCAGUCAGACACAGCAGCCACCCAGCAGAAGGGCCCUGCGACGUGGCCGAGACUCCAGACGAGCUCCCAGCACCCCGGGCUGUGCAGCUGCUUCUUCAGACAGAGGCUCUGCUGCUGGAGAGGAGGGACCGACAGAGACUGGCCAAUAGGAUGCAGCUGCAGGAGAUGAUUGGCAGGCUGGACGAACUGGUGUUGAUACCGCCAUAGACUUUUUUUGACCCUUAAACUUCUGACAUAUAAAUUCAGAAUAAACAGAAUAUGGAUUUUCAUUUUAUAGUUUGCCAAAGAUUCACUUGACUUUCGGAUUAGAAACCAGGGGCCGUAUUCACAAAGCUUCAUAGUAUAAAGAGUUGCAUCUUAGACCUUAAAAGAGCUCCUAAGGUGAAAAACUGUUAGGAUGACUUUUAAGAUACCUAAGAAUUUCUUAAGCAGAGGAGAAAAUGGUAGAAACAGGUCAGAGGAAUAUUCUCCAAAUGCUGGAUGUCAGUGAGUAAAUGAAAUGCUACAGAAGAUCGUGCAGGGAUAAUAUUGGCGGUCGAUCACAUUAGGGAUACACACACACAUUUCCCACCUAACACUAUAAUUCCAGAAAUAAAAUAAUCACAAUAAUAAGAUAUUUGGAAAACUGGAAAAAUGCAACGGUGUAGCUAGGGUUGGGUACCAAAACUCGGUACUUUUUGUACUUGGUACCCAUUCACGUCGGUACUACCGAGUACUGAUUCACCUAAAAUGAAUCGGUGCCAAAUUUCGGUACCUGAGGUGGAGGCAGAGCCAGAGCGCAUGACUCGCACCUCAGACUCAGCAACAAUGGCGACAAAAAAAUAUGUAGACAAAAGUUAACGUGCAGCACUGUUCCUAAAUGUUCUCAAUAAAAUGUUGAAACUGAGAAGUUUAGACUUUAAAAAGUACUGAAAUAAGGUAUCGUUUGGUACCGGUACCGAAUUCCAAAUACUGGUACCGGUACCGUAUCGGUUCAGUUAUGAAUGGUACCCAACCCUAAGUGUAGCAGUGAUGCCUGUUUCAACCUUUCAGCAGCAGAGUGAUCACACUAACAAUGAAAACACUCAUGUCGUCACGCAGUUCAUUUCAUUUCCACUGGGUGUCCACACCUUGCAGGCUCACGUAAGGGCAUGUCUGUGGCAACAAAUCACAUCUGUUUGAAUGCAUCAUAUCUAGCAACUGGGACAACCACACCUACUCAGGUAAAAGGAGGGAAAAGUUUCUGUCCCUUCCCUGCUCAGAAUUGCUCUGAGAACUUUCCUAUAUCACUUGUAAGCUAAGACUCCUUACUAAAAGUUUUUAGGCUAAGUUAGGAGAGAGCAUUCUCAGAAUGUCUGUGAAUACGGCCCCAGAUCUUUUCCCAUUUGACAAGGGAAUAAACUUUCAUCACCUUAAGUUUGUUGUAGCUGAAAAUGAUAUUAACUAGGGCUGAGCUGUAUACUCAAAGAAGAUGAGUAUGCAGUACGGAUAAUGUACAUUUUAGAAGUACAAAUAUCAUCAUCAUAUCCCUACUUGUGAUUAUGGAAAAUCCUACAUUGGGUAGCUGUGUUCAAUCUCUUACUCUUGUGAUCAACAAUGAGAUGAAGCUCAAUCCUGAGAUUUCUGUAAAUAGUUUUUUAAUGAAUAAAAAAAUAUAUAGUAUCUUCUGAUAAGCAAGCCUAUCUUCUCCAAGGCAAGCCUUAGCCAGCCCGAAUUAUAUGCCUUAUUAAUGAGGAACGUCUGAAGUCUGCUUUUAAAUGUGGAGACAGUGCCUCCACAUUGAAGAUGGCUCCACAGAAGAGGAGCCUGAUAGCUGAAGGCUUCUGGUUAGGUUCCACAAAUUUCCAGUUUAAGAUCAACCACUUCUUGAUUUAACCACGCCCAUUCUGUGUACAGAUACAGAUAAUGAUGUACCCCUAAUCCCCGAUAUUAACCUUUAUAUGAAAUUUUUUAACAGUUACAAAGUGCUUAACAAAUGGCAGAAACACUAGAUUUUUCGGAAAUAACUAAACAUUAACAUGAAGAAAAUACAAAAUUACUUAUAUAUGCAAGCUGUACUUAAUGUUUACAGGUAAAAUACAUUUUAGACAUUCGUCUUAUUCACAAAAUGACUUGCAGUGUUCUGACAGAAUAAAAUGAAAUUUCUACCCAACAAGAUCAGCAGUCAGAGCCACUGUAGAUGAAUGAGAUUAUCUGUCCUCUCAGAAUGUGGAUGAGAGUUGAAGAACUGGACUGUAUAAGACAUUUUGGUCAGUAGGUAGUUAGCCUAGCUUUGCGUAAAGACUGGAAGCAGGAAGAGGCUGCUAGUCUGGCUAUGUCAAAAGUUGUUUGCUUUUUUUGUUUGUUUGUUUUCCCAAAAAAAAUAUGUUUUGUAUUCAGCUGCCAAAGUCUACUACAGUAUUGCCAAUAAUCGCGCUUUAAGAAUGUUGGAUGGUGGAUUUUUUUAAGCUUUAAAAGGAAAUAUUCCUCCUGUUUCAAGACUUCAUGCUAAGCUAGGCUAACUGCAUCCUGAGUCGAGAUCAGUUCUGAGCUUGGUCUCAAUCUUCUUAUCUCACUCUUGAAAAGAAAGCACACAAGCACAUCUCCCAUUAUCUGGAACUAUCAAUUUAUUGUUUUGUACUGUAAUUUGAAAGCUACAAAUGUCUAAAUGUGCUAAAUGUGUCUCUAAACAACAAUUACAUCUUGCUUUUGACUGAAACAAGUCAGAUUCAAGUCACAAAUGUGAUGACUUUAGACUUGACUUUACAAAAAAAAAAACAAAAACAAACUGGCAACUUGACUUUGACAGCAAUGACUCUGACUUCACUUGGACUUGAGCCCUUUACCCUGAAAAUACUUCAUACCUUCCACCCAAGCCCAAAAAUGAAAAGGUAUAUUACAUAAAGAGUUUGUCACAAAUCAACUGAUUUUCCUUUAUGUCCUCAAUA